CUAGUAUGGCAGCCCUGGUAAAGAGCAGAAAUUAUUUUGUAAACAAAGAAUACUUUUGUACUAAGAAUACUUUUGAGUCCUUGCAACGAAUUGAAGAACAAUAUUAGGAAAAAAUGGACAGCAUUGAUAAUUUCCCAAAUCUGGUCGUUGAAACCAUUCUUAAAUUGUGUAGAGUUUGUGAAUCUUCAACUAUUUCUGUUGAUAUGAUGUUGGAUCAUGAUCAUAAGUUUGCACUCAAAUUUCAAAACAUAACUGGUGUUAUGAUUACAGGUACUGGUGGAUUACCGACAACUCUAUGCGAGGUUUGUGCUAAUCAGUUGGCGAUCAGCUUUGACUUUAAAAAGAAAUGCGAGGAAGCAGAAGUUAAGUGGCGAAAAAUAUUGCUGAACGAUGUAAUGAGUUUGUCAGAACCAGUAUUGAAUGUAGAACAAGUAAAAGAGGAACAGUAUACAGACAUAGAAAAUGAGGAACACAUAAUCAGCAAUGAUAAAGUUGAGAAACGAGUCAUUCUACCUAGAAAAUCGAUCUGUAACAAAAAGAGCUCUGACACUAAACAUGAACUUUGUGCAAAGUUUGAGUGUGAAACCUGCAGUACUCCUUUUACAGCUAAAGAUGAUUAUAAUGAGCAUAUCAAAAUACAUGGCAGAAAACGUUUUAAAUGUGCACAAUGUUCGAAAUGGUUUCAAUAUAAAUAUCUCCUUAAUUGUCACCAAAAAGAAAGGUGUGGAGAAAAUGUGAUCAAGUAUAACUGUGAGUUUUGUCUUCAAUGUUAUUCUAAUAGAAACAACCUUAAACGUCACAUAGCUGAACGGCAUGAGGGCCUUAAACCUUUCGAGUGUGAAACUUGUGGAAAAUGCUUUAGUCAAAAAACUGUUCUAGCAUCUCAUCGUUUGGUUCAUAUCGAUACGUAUGAAUUUUGUUGUGAUGAUUGUCCAAAAAAAUUCAAACUAGAGAAACAGCUUUACGAGCAUAAGCAAAUUCAUUUACCGAUGGAACAGCGAGAUCCAGCCUUUGCGGCAAAACCACCUCGUAACCAAGUGAAAAUUUGUGUUUGUUCAUACUGUGGUAAAAUAUCAAAAUCUCUUGCUUCGCACUACAAUCACAUCAGAACGCAUACAAACGAAACACCAUUUGCAUGUAAAUCUUGUCCUAAACAGUUCAGAUGUAAAACUGGGCUUAUCUCUCAUGAGCUGAUACAUAGCGAUCAAAAACCUUACAAAUGCAAAAUAUGUGGUGCAUGUUUCCGGCAGAUAGCACAUCUGAAAACACACAAUUUGCUACGGCAUAUAAAGCUAAAGAAUUUUACUUGUGUAAUUUGUUCCAAACCAUUUGCUUUGAAAGGACUGCUUACACAACAUAUGAAAACCCAUAAGGACCGACGAACAAGUGUAGACAUACAUGGAAAUGAUGAUACGUAAACCCUAUUUUAUGUUGAUGAUGCCAAAUCUAUUUGUAUUACAAAAUAGUCGAUAUAAUAAGAGUCGCAUUAGCUUUUUAAGUAUUUUAAUAUUACUAAAACCCUUCUGUUAAUUGAUAUGAAAUUGUGGAGGUAGUGUUAUUUGCAUUGCUGUGUAAUAAAAACAUAGCACUGCAGAAUGGACAUGCAAAACUUUUAUUUACUUAAUUGUGAAUUCCUCUUUUAUCCAAGCAUUGUUAACAGAGCGGAAUGACAAACUAGCUUAUUAUUUAUUCAAUAGCGUUGUCUGUCUAUGAUAAAGCUGUAGUCCUUGUUUUUUUUUUCAUUUAUUUACAAGUUUUUAUAUAUCAUUUAGAACAGUCGCGUUUUCUGAGCAAAACGUGAUUUAAAAAAAAAACGUUUAUCGUUUUCCUUCGAAUUUUAAAUAAAGAAUAAAAAACUCAAACUCUUGUUCAGAAAAUUGCACUCUUUCAACUUAUAUAUAAAAAUCAGAAAACCGUGUAGAACUUUAGGACACAAUUUUAAGCAGUUUACGUGUGCUGCAUUUUUUAGGUAUCUACUAAUGCCUAAUGAAUCAAAGUUACAAAAUUAUAUCGUCCGAGAAAUAAUUUAAACAAAUAA